CUGUUAUACAUGGAUACAGAUUCUCUAAUGUAUUUAAUUAAGACAGAUGACUUUUACCAUGACAUGCUAACCAAACCAGGUUUUCUGGAAAAAUUGGAUACAUCUAAUUUCCCGCCAUCUCAUCCGUGUUAUAGAAUCGAGAGAAAAAAAGUUCCCGGAACUUUCACAGAUGAGACUGGAGGUGAAAUAAUCUCAGAACAAGUGGCUCUAAAACCAAAAUCGUAUGGUUACAUACAGGUUGGACAUGAGCAUAUUAAAGCUAAGGGCGUUGCUUACCAUGUAAUAAAGAACCACAUGACAUUUGAGGAUCAUAUGGAUUGUUUAUUCCAAGGUAUCAAUGGAAAAGAUCCUGCUGCAUUCAAUCCAUACCGUACGAUGAACUCAUUCCGUUCUUAUAAACAUAAUAUUAAAACCAUUUCAACCCUCAAGCUAGCGUUAAAUCGACAUGACGACAAGAGAGUUGUAUUACCUGACCGUAUACAUACUUUACCUUAUGGACAUUAUAAACUAAUGGAGAUGGCUGAAGAAGAAGAAGAAGAAGAAGAACUAUAAUUUCCAAUUUAUUAUUAAGUUUAUAGGUAUUGUUAUUUUUUUUUCACCCUUUUAUUUAUUUUUGUUUUGUUAUAUAUAUUCUCUAUACACUUCAGUUUUGUGCAGACGACCUCUCCCACUUCUGAUUGUUGUAGUGAGAAUAUGUAAAUAAAAUUUAUUAAUAUUCCCUCCCCCCCCUUUUUUUUCCACUUUAUAACAAUAACAUUGAUUAAAUUUGUGAAUACAUGUAUAUAAUAUAUGUAUAAUUAAAUAAUAUCUAUACAUGUAUGUUAUGCUUGUAAUGUCAAUAAUAUAGAUUUAAUAUUAAAAUGAAUUAUAUUGUAGCUAACCUCAACCUUUUUAUUGUAAAUUAUAAAUGUACAUAUACACUUUUUUUUACAAUUUUAUUUUUGUUUUGUUAUAUAUAUUCUCUAUACACUUCAGAUUUGUGCAGACGACCUCUCCCACUUCUGAUUGUUGUAGUGAGAAUAUGUAAAUAAAAUUUAUUAAUAUUCCCUCCCCCCUUUUUUUUUCCACUUUAUAACA